AGCAGCUGGUGGUGACGGGUGUAGAUGACCCUGUCUAUGCACAUGCUGGGGAGGAUGUGACUCUCAGCUGCUCUGUGGACACCCAUGUUAAUGUGACAGAGCUUCAAGUGGAAUGGAAAAAGACAGACGAUGACGGUGACAUCUUGGUGCUUCUGUAUGAUGAUGGAGAGAACAGACCAGAGUCACAGGAUGGGAGAUACUCUGGAAGAGCUGAAUUCUUCACUGAGGAAAAUCCCAAAGGAAACUUCUCAAUGAAACUGAGGAAAGUCAGGACUGAAGACAAAGGAAAGUUCAGGUGUGAAGUCCACUCAGAUACUGAUUCUGCCAGUACCACUGCCAGGAUAGCAGCACUGGGUUAUUCAUCCCUGCAUUGGCUGAUUCUGGGGCUGUGCAUCGCUGUCACACCUGUAGUCUUACUUACUGGUGCUUUAUCUGUCAGCCAUUUAAUAAGGGGAGAUAAAAGCAAACAGGCUCUGUUGAGUCACUGGUCACAUGUCACAGUUCCACCAAUCAUGGUUUCCGCAGCAUUCAUCCUGUGGGGUGUAACUGAAGGAUCCACAGAAGAGGCUGUUACUUGUCCUGUCAUCAGUCUGCUGUAUAUCCUGGUGCUCUUUAAUAUGGCUCCAUAUCGGAAAUUAUUCACAGGGUCCUCCAUGGGGCAGAGUGGCAUUGGAGACGGCGCCGUGAAAGAGCCAGAGAGCACUGCAUUCAUCACCAAGCUCUUCAUGAAGGAACUGUUAGGGCAGAAGCAUAGCAGCAAGCUGGCCUGUUCACUGGAGGAGAUGGACCAGCACCUGAAGCAGAUGUAUAGCAACCCAGCAAGAGAUCAGGACUUGGGGGAGUGCAGCACACUGAUACAGCCAACCGAGGCAGCUGUGCAGUUUGACAUGUCAGACCUGCAGCUGAAAGAGGUUUCGAAGGUAAUCACGAGAGAAUGA